CUGACUACUAAUAGUUUGGUGUAUUGGAAAUUACAUGAGUGGUUACAUACAACAGUGAACUCCGCUGUGGGGAUUGUAUUUUCCUGUUACUUUGUUGUUUCAAAUCGAUUAAAGUAUUUUUCUGAUUUAACUGGAUAUUCAAGAGUGAAAUGCCGAAGUACUAUUGUGAUUACUGUGAUACAUAUUUGACCCAUGAUUCGCCGUCUGUGAGAAAAACUCAUUGUAAUGGAAGAAAGCAUAAAGAUAAUGUCAAAUUUUACUAUCAGAAGUGGGUGGAAGAGCAAGCUCAGAAUUUCAUUGAUUUAACAACUGCUGCUUUCAAAGCUGGCAAAUUUCAGUCUGGCCAGUUUGCAGCUAAUAAUGCCAAACCAUCUGGGGUUAUGAUACCACCACCACCUAAUCUCCAAGCGGGUCCAGCCAGGCCAGCUGUGCCUGGCCAAAGAAUGCCUAUGAUGCCACCUCCUAUAGGAGCCAUAGCUGGUCCAAUACCUGGCCCCAUGCCCGUUAUGGGUCCUCCUGGUCCAAUGCCACACAAUAUGAUGGUUCCAGGUAUGAGACCUCCUGUUGGACAUAUAGCUCCUAUGAUGCCAAUAGGUUCUAUGCCAGCACCAGGAAUAAGAGGCCCAUUGAUGAUUCCACAAACAUAAGAUUAGGAAUACAUUUUGUGCUUAUUAGUCUUUUUAUUAAAUGGAUUAUGGUGGUUA